AUAAAAAAGGUUUUUGUUUAUUUGUGUUUUUUUAAGAGUGAAAUAAACAAAUGAUGUGAUGUACUGAAUGAGAGCAGAUAUAAUAAUCACUUUGUUUAAAGACGGACAGAAACAUCAGACUCAGGACAGAAACACACAACCUCUAAAAUUUCUUCUUCAGAAAUGGACCAAACUCUAUAUUUCAUUCUUCUUCUCAUUGCUCUCUGCUCCGUAUCUGAAUGUGUUCAGCGUCAGUAUCACUUUAUAAACGUGAGGAAGACCUGGACUGAAGCUCAGAGAUACUGCAGAGAGAAUUACACAGAUCUGGCCACCGUUGACAACAUGAACGACAUGAACGAGUUCCUUAAAAGUCUUGCAGACAUUUAUGUCUGGAUUGGGCUGCAGAAGACGGGUGUCAAUAAAUGGCAGUGGUCUUCAGGUGAUCCUGCGCUCUAUCUGAACUGGGCUCCUGGACAACCUGAUGGCACAGAGUGUGCUAUGAUGAGAGAUGGACAGUGGGAUGAUUAUUCAUGCAGUAACACCCUGACCUUCAUCUGCAAUUCAUCUAACAACAUGAACACAGGACUCGUCUUUAUCAAUCAGACGAAGAACUGGAGAGACGCUCAGAGUUACUGCAGACAGAAUCACACUGAUCUGGUCAGUGUGAGGAACCAGAAUGAGAAUCAACAGCUUCAGAAGUUCAUCAAUGAUAAUCACAUAUCUGGUGAUGUCUGGAUCGGUCUGUUCAGAGACUCAUGGCAGUGGUCAGAUCAGAGUAACUCCUCAUUCAGAUACUGGAGUCCAGAUAAUCUGAUUCUGAUCAAAGAGAAUCUGACGUGGCCUGAAGCUCUGAGAUACUGCAGACAGAAUCAUAUGGAUCUGGUCUCGGUUCAUUCAGAAGAGAUUCAGCGUCGUGUGAUGAAUGUGGUUAAACAGGCGUCUACUGAGGCGGUGUGGUUGGGUUUACACAAUUACUGCCUUAUGAACAUGUGGCUCUGGUUGAGCGGAGAGAUCGUGUGCUAUCAGAACUGGGCUCCAGGGAACGGAGUAGAACCGGAAGACUGUCGCCUCGAGAAGAGAAAAGGAGCAGUUCAGUCUGGAGGAGAUCAGCGCUGGAUCAGCCUUCCUGAAUCUCGCAAACUCAACUUCAUCUGCAGAAAUGAUGAGUGAAAAAACAUGUGAAUGUUGAGGUUAACUGUUUUCAUUCUUCAUUUUUUCUCUUAUUUACUUGUAUUUGUUUUAGUAAGUUCUGAGUGAAUCUGCUAACUGCUAAAUUUUAAUCAUCAUGGCAUAAUAUGAUCUUUUUAAAAUGUUUCAACAUUAAUGUUUAAUAUUCUUUAGAUGUUAAGUGUGUUUUAUAAAUCUCUCUGUAUAUCUGGUGUGGUUACGUCUCUUUAUGUUUUCACUAAUCUUAUCUAUAUCAGUAACUGGUUGAAUGUGAAUCUGUGAGCAGCAGCUCUUCAGAAUAAUAUUGUUUGUGUCUCAGAAUGAAAUCUGGUUUAUUCUUAGAAAAGCUGAAGUGAAGUUUGGGUAUAAAAUAUCU